CAUUAUGAAUGAAGUAGCAAUAGUGAAGGAAGGGUGGCUUCACAAACGAGGAGAAUACAUAAAAACAUGGAGGCCACGGUAUUUCCUUUUAAAGAACGAUGGCACGUUCAUUGGCUACAAGGAACGACCACAGGAUGUCGACCAGCGGGAAUCACCUCUAAAUAACUUCUCAGUAGCUCAGUGCCAGCUGAUGAAGACAGAACGACCUAAACCAAACACAUUUAUCAUUAGAUGCCUCCAGUGGACCACAGUAAUUGAAAGAACAUUUCAUGUGGAGACUCCAGAGGAGCGGGAAGAAUGGACAAAAGCCAUCCAAACAGUAGCAGACAGCCUCAAGAAACAAGAGGAAGAGAUGAUGGAUUUUAGAUCUGGCUCUCCUAGUGAUAAUUCAGGUGCUGAAGAAAUGGAAGUUUCUAUGACAAAGCCAAAACACAAAGUGACCAUGAAUGAGUUUGAAUACCUUAAACUACUGGGAAAAGGCACUUUUGGAAAAGUCAUUUUAGUUAAAGAAAAAGCAACCGGACGGUAUUAUGCUAUGAAAAUUCUGAAGAAGGAAGUUAUUGUAGCCAAGGAUGAAGUAGCACACACACUGACAGAAAACCGUGUUUUACAGAACUCAAGGCAUCCAUUCUUAACAGCUUUAAAGUAUUCCUUUCAGACACAUGAUCGCUUGUGUUUUGUGAUGGAGUAUGCUAAUGGAGGGGAGUUGUUUUUCCAUCUGUCAAGAGAGCGUGUCUUUUCUGAAGACCGGGCUCGGUUUUAUGGAGCUGAGAUUGUUUCAGCACUGGAUUAUCUGCAUUCAGAGAAGAAUGUGGUUUAUAGAGAUUUAAAGUUGGAAAAUCUUAUGCUGGAUAAAGAUGGACACAUAAAAAUAACAGACUUUGGGCUGUGUAAAGAAGGCAUCAAGGAUGGAGCAACAAUGAAGACUUUCUGUGGCACUCCGGAGUAUCUUGCACCAGAGGUGCUGGAAGAUAACGACUAUGGUCGUGCAGUGGACUGGUGGGGUUUAGGAGUUGUGAUGUAUGAAAUGAUGUGUGGCCGGCUCCCUUUCUACAAUCAGGACCACGAAAAGCUCUUUGAACUCAUCCUCAUGGAGGAGAUUAGAUUUCCACGCACUUUGUCACCUGAAGCAAAAUCUCUCUUGUCAGGUUUGCUGAAGAAAGAUCCUAAGCAAAGGUUAGGUGGCGGUCCUGAUGAUGCCAAGGAGAUUAUGCAGCACAAAUUCUUUGCUGGCAUUGUUUGGCAAGAUGUAUACGAGAAAAAGCUUGUACCUCCGUUUAAACCACAAGUUACAUCUGAAACAGACACAAGAUACUUUGAUGAAGAAUUUACAGCACAGAUGAUAACAAUCACUCCUCCUGACCAAGAUGACAGCAUGGAUUGUGUAGAUAACGAGAGAAGACCUCAUUUUCCUCAGUUCUCCUACUCAGCCAGUGGAACCGCUUAAUGAUUUGCAACGUUUUCCCAUUCAGAAACAAAACAGACUGCAUUUUGGGGACCUUACUUCAAUGGACACUAGAGAACUUUCUAUAUUAUCUGAAUUACAAACUGUGUUUGUAUUACGAUUUAGAUGAAUUUGUAGGAAGCCUCACAGAUUCUGUAUUUAAAACAAUUCUUUGAUGCGUUUUUGAGAAGGAAAACAAAUCCAUUCUUAAAGUAUUAUGUCAAGGCUUUUAUGCUGAAUGACCAUAGGUUUUUAAGAAUAUACACCAAAACUGUUUACUUUAGAAAUAAUUAAGGUAUUCAACAUAUCAGCAACUCUGACCAGAAAAUCCCUUUAUUUAUUUCAUACAGUUCAUUAUCUAAAUAUAGAAUCUGCACUCUGAACAAUUAGAUUUAUAUAGGAAGAUAUAAGACUUUAGUAGCUAGUGCAAUAAUGUAAGCAACAAAGUGAACAAACUCUGGAGGGUUAAGGUUCAAACUCCUUUUGGACAGCAGUGAAGUGUCAUCCAACUCCAGAAAACCAACUGUAAGAACAGCAUUAAUGGCCUCAGUGAGGUAAAUCAAAAAGCAAAAGUUAUUUUUGUUAUAACAUCUGCUACAAGACAUUACAUAUCA